UUCGUGAACUGAUAGAAAAAAUUGUAGCUGUAAAUAAACCCUCUUUGCCUCACUUCUCUUCACUCUAUUCAAUCCUUCGACUUGCGGCUAGGGUUUUAGCCGCAGCUUCUUACAAGGAACUAAGAAAUUACAUUGCGGCCAGAGGAAGUGGUGAUCAACAUGUCUAAAAAUCCAAAAGUUUUCUUUGAUAUUCUAAUUGGAAAGAUGAAAGCUGGGCGUGUAGUGAUGGAGUUGUUUGCCGAUACAACCCCAAAAACAGCUGAAAACUUCAGGGCUCUGUGCACUGGGGAAAAGGGGAUUGGACAAUCUGGGAAACCUUUGCACUACAAGGGGUCAACAUUUCAUCGUAUUAUACCAGAAUUUAUGUGUCAGGGAGGUGAUUUUACCAGAGGGAAUGGAACAGGAGGAGAGUCAAUUUACGGUUCAAAAUUUCAAGAUGAGAAUUUUAAGUUGAAGCACACUGCUCCUGGUAUUCUAUCUAUGGCUAAUGCUGGACCCCAUACAAACGGUUCUCAGUUCUUCAUAUGUACUACAAAGACCCCGUGGCUUGAUGGAAAACAUGUCGUGUUUGGAAAAGUUGUUGAUGGAUACAGCGUGGUGAAGGAGAUGGAGAAGGUGGGUUCGGGAAGUGGCAGGACAUCGGAAACAGUAGUAAUAGAAGAUUGUGGCCAGAUAGUGGAGAACUGAUACAUAUGUUUCACCUUUCUCUUCUAAACUAAUCUUCAGUUUUGCCGGUCUCAUCAAUUCUGAAAUGUUGAACAAGUCUUAAUAAAAUUGUGUUGUUACUCGUAUAAAGCAGGGGUGUUAUAGAUGCCUUUGAAUAUGUCAGUUCCAGCUACCUUUGUUUCCUAA